GCUUCAUAAAAGAAUAAAAUAUCCCAACCAAAAACCAUCAGCCCACGGAACCAAACGACCACAGCCCACAGAUUUGGAGAUUGAUUUCAUUGCAACAGGAAGCAACAGAGAAAAAAAUACACAUAUAUAAUGAGCGUUCCCACCACGCGACCACCACGAACCGCCUUUAUAUAGUCGAAAACAGCUCAAGGGAACUCAACUGAUUCUCCAGUGGUUCCUCAGUUGCACUUCCGACCAAGGACAUCAAACAGAAGAAAAAAGAAAUGCAGUCACUGCAGGAAAAGGCUUCUGAGUGGAGCGGCGUUAAUACUGCCGAUGCUUUUGCCAUUGACGACUCUAAUUUGUACCAGAAAUUGGGACUCCAAACUUUCAUCAACCUCUCCACCAAUUUUUACACUAGGGUUUAUGAUGAUGAAGAAGAAGAGUGGUUUCGAUCAAUAUUUGCUAAUUCCAAGAAAGAAGAGGCCAUUCAGAAUCAAUAUGAAUUCUUUGUGCAACGGAUGGGAGGACCUCCUCUUUAUUCUCAGAGGAAAGGUCAUCCUGCAUUGAUUGGACGUCAUAGACCAUUUCCAGUCACACAUCAAGCUGCAGAGAGAUGGUUACAUCAUAUGGAAAAGGCACUGGAGAGCACCCCUGACAUUGAUGCUGAUUCAAAAGACAAAAUGAUGAAUUUUUUCAGGCACACUGCAUAUUUUCUUGUGGCUGGAGAUGAGUUGAAGAAUCAAAACCAACGAGUUCCAUGUAAGCAUGGGGCCAGCAAACCAACUGCACCAUAAACUUGUUAACAGGAAUCCCCAUUCCUUUGUUGGGAGUAACGAUGGAUAUUGCCAUUCAUUAACCUCUUAAUUAUGAUAGUGUUGUAACUUACACAACCAUUUUAUAUAAGUAAAUCCUGAAAUUUUUACAUUA